AAGAUAAAGAGGACAAAAAAGAGAGAGAUGGAGGACCUGAAGAAGGAAAUGGUCAUGGAUGAUCACAAAUUAACCUUGGAUGAGCUGAGCACCAAAUAUUCUGUGGACCUAACCAAGGGCCAUAGCCCUGAAGAGGCACAGGAAAUCCUGGCUCGAGAUGGACCCAAUACACUUAGCCCACCCCCUACCACUCCAGAAUGGGUUAAAUUCUGUAAACAACUGUUUGGCGGCUUUUCCCUCCUACUGUGGACUGGUGCCAGUCUCUGCUUCGUGGCCUAUGGCAUCCAGUUAUAUUUCCAUGAGGACCCUACCAAAGAUAAUUUGUACCUCGGCAUUGUACUAACAGUCGUGGUCAUCAUCACCGGCUGCUUCUCCUAUUGUCAGGAGGCCAAGAGCUCCAAGAUCAUGGAAUCUUUUAAGAGCAUGGUACCUCAGCAAGCUCUGGUAAUCCGAGGCGGAGAGAAGAUUCAGAUCCCUGUACAAGACGUGGUGGUAGGAGACCUGGUAGAAGUGAAGCGGGGAGACCGGAUCCCUGCUGACAUCCGGCUUAUCUCUUCACAAGGAUGUAAGGUGGACAACUCAUCCUUGACAGGAGAGUCAGAGCCCCAAUCCCGCUCCUCUGAUUUCACCAAUGAGAACCCUCUGGAGACCCAAAAUAUCUGCUGCUUCUCCACCAACUGAGUGGAAGGGACAGCCCGGGGCAUCGUGAUUGCCACAGGAGACUCCACGGUGAUGGGCCGAAUUGCCUCGCUGACCUCCGGCCUGGCAGUGGGCCAGACCCCCAUUGCUGUGGAGAUCAAACACUUCAUCCAUGUGAUCACAGCAGUGGCCGUCUUCCUCGGUGUCACCUUCUUUGGGCUCUCACUUAUCUUGGGCUACACCUGGCUGGAGGCUGUUAUUCUUCUUAUUGGCAUCAUUGUGGCCAACGUGCCUGAGGGGCUGCUGGUCACCGUCACUGAGAGUAGCUAAGUGUGUCUGACCCUGACAGCCAAGCACAUGGCUCCGAAGAACUGCCUGGUGGAGAACCUGGAGGCGGUGGAGACGCUGGGCUCCACCUCCACCAUCUGCUCCGACAAGACGGGCACCCUCACCCAGAACCGCAGGACCGUCGCCCACCUGUGGUUCGACAGGACCAUCUAUGAGGCUGACACCAGCAAAGAACAGACUGGGAAACCGUUUGCCAAGGGCUCUGAUACCUGGUUUAUCCUGGCCCGAGUCGCUGGCCUCUGUAACUGGGCUGAUUUUAAGGCUAAUCAGGAGUACCUUCCCAUAGCUAAGCGGGCAACAGCAGGGGAUGCUUCUGAGUCAGCCCUCCUCGAGUUCACCGAGCAGUCUUACAGCUCUGUGAAGGAGAUGAGAGAGAAAAGCCCCAAGGUGGCAGAAAUUCCCUUUAAUUCUACCAACAAGUACCAGAUGUCCAUCCACCUUCGGGAGGACGGCUCCCAGACCCACGUACUGAUGAUGAAGGGGGCGCCUGAGAGGAUCUUGGAGUUUUGCUCUACUUACCUUCUGAAAGGGCAGGAGUACCCAAUGGAUGAUGAAAUGAAGGAAGCCUUCCAGAAUGCCUACUUGGAACUGGGAGGUCUGGGGGAACACGUGCUAGGGUUCUGCUUCUUGAGUCUGCCGAACACUUACUCCAAGGGAUUCAAGUUUAACACCAAUGAAAUCAAUUUUCCCAUGGAUAACCUUUGUUUUGUGAGGCUCAUCUCCAUGAUUGACCCUCCCUGAGCUGCAGUGCCUGAUGCCGUGGGCAAGUGUCGGAGUGCUGGGAUUAAGGUGAUUAUGGUAACAGGGGAUCAUCCCAUUACAGCCAAGGCCAUUGCCAAGGGUGUGGGCAUCUCAGAAGGCACCGAGACAGCAGAGGACAUUGCUGCCCGGCUCAAGAUCCCUGUCAGCCAGGUCAAUGCCAGGGAUGUCAAAGCCAUUGUGGUGCACGGCUCAGAACUAAAAAAUAUGAACUCAGAGCAACUUGAUGAGAUCCUCCAAAACCACACUGAGAUCGUGUUUGCUUGGACCUCCCCCCAGCAGAAGCUCAUCAUUGUAGAGGGAUGUCAGAGGCGGGGAGCCACUGUGGCGGUGACAGGGGACGAGGUGAACGACUCCCCCGCGCUGAGGAAGGCGGACAUCGGCAUUGCCAUGGGCAUCGCUGGCUCUGAUGUGUCUAAGCAGCCAGCCGACAUGAUCCUGCUGGACGACAACUUUGCCUCCAUCGUCACAGGAAUGGAGGAGGGCAGCCUGAUCUUUGACAACCUGAAGAAAUCCAUCGCCUACACCCUGACCAGCAACAUCCCUGAGAUCACCCCCUUCCUGCUGUUCAUCAUCCUCGGUAUCCCCCUGCCUCUGGGCACCAUAACCAUCCUCUGCAUUGACCUGGGCACUGAGAUGGUGGGAUCAGAUCAUUAAUGGCAUGAAUCUUCAGCAAUACAGCUCAGACACACAUCAACCCUGCUAGAAGCAAGCCCCAGGCAGCACCCCUUCCAUGAUCUGCCUUCUGAGAUCCUUCUCUGAAUCAGGUUCCCCUGACCUGUGACUCUAUCACUCACAGGGGUGAUCCAGGCUCUGGCAGGAUUCUUCACCUACUUUGUGAUCUUGGCUGAGAAUGGUUUUAAACCUACUGAUCUGCUGGGCAUCCACAUCAGCUGGGAGAAUCGAUACCUCAAUGACCUGGAGGACAGCUAUGGACAACAGUGGACCUAUGAACAGCGCAAGGUGUUGGAGUUCACAUGCCAAACUGCACCCCUAACUCUCCCUCCCAACCUCCAACACCCCCUUAAACUUCCUCUCAGAAACAGGAUCCUAAUAUUUGGGAUCCUGGAGGAGACGUUCCUGGCUCCUUUUCUGUCCUACACUCCAGGCAUGGAUGUGGCCCUGCGAAUGUAACCACUCAAGAUAACCUGGUGGCUCUGUGCCACUCCCUACAGCGUCCUCAUCUUUGUCUAUGAUGAAAUCAGAAAACUCAUCAUCCGUCGUCACCCUGGCGGCUGGCUGGAGAAGGAGACCUACUACUAA